AUGAAACUCCUCCCAGCCACCCUCCUCCUCUCCCUCUUCUCCACACCCCUCACAACCGCAACCCUAAUCACCUACGACGCCGGCUACGACGACCCCACCGGCCCUCUAACAGCAAUCGCCUGCUCCACAGGCCCAAACGGCCUCAUGACGACCCAAAACUGGAACUUCCAAUCCGAAAUUCCAACAUUUCCAUUCAUGGGCGGUUCAGCCGAUAUCGAAGCCUGGAAUAGCGAGUUCUGUGGACAAUGCUAUCAAAUCACAUAUGGCGAGAACACAGUUUAUGUUUUGGGAAUUGACCGCUCAGCGAAGGGUAUGAACUUGAGUAAAGCGGCCAUGGAUGCUUUGACGAGGGGGAUGGCGGUGCAGGAGGGGACGCUUGAUGCCGUGGUGGUGAGGGUUGGAGGGGAGAUGUGUGGGUUGGGGUGGAAGAGGAGGAGGGGCUUGAGGACGGAGGUUAGUGCUUAG